GCAGGAUCGUUAUCAAAGCGAAGAAAUAUUGGCGGGAUUUGCCUAUAAGCACGAAUCCUUUACACUCAACUAACCGGAAAGGUAUGGCGACCUUAGGUGCACUAUUACUCGUCCUAUCGACAUUUUCCUUCGCAAAGUGUUCGGAAAAGAGCAUCACGUACCUCAAAAAUACCGCCAUAGAAGACCUACAGGCAUCCGCUUCGAGCUACUCCUAUAAGGGGAACUCCGGCGGGCCAUUUAAUUACGAUACGGAUGAAAUGGGAAAUCCGUUAGAGUCCACGGGGAGAUAUUCUCAUGAUCCUGUGCCGCUCCAUCUGCUGCCCCUGUCGCCCAAUUACCUUUCCAACUACGACGGCAAAUACGUUAAUUCGUACGGGGAGGCGCUAAUGCCCUACGCGAAGGGUUUCGACGAUUUCCAAAAUGGCUUCGUCAAGGCCUCGGGCUCGGAUUACGGCGAGGCGGAAAAGGCGAGCGCCGGCGAGCAGGGCGAAAAGGGCUACUCGAAUCGCGACGAAUACGCCGCCGGAUCGAAGGGCAGCCGAGAGGCCGAGCAAAAGAAAGGGUUCUACGACGUCCGAGGGGGCGGCAAGCGCGGCCACCGCCUCCAGGAGGGUCACUACGCGGACGAGCGCCGCGCCGGGGAGGCCGCCGGCGGCGGGUCCUUCGCCGUCGAGAAGAGCCGCGACAAGGGCUCCAAAACCACCGGCUAUCACAAGGUUUACCACAAGGACGAGUACAAAAAGAACAAGAGCUUCUACGAUAAAAAGGAUCAAAAGGGAUACUUCAACAGAUACGGGGAUUUCAAGGAGAAAACUUCUUCGGACGCCGGUAGAUCGUCGGCGGGCGGAUCGUUAGAUUCGGCCUACAGGGAUGGAAAAUUCGGCGUUGAAGGUCGAAAGGAAACGGGAAAAUAUUCCGGCGAAGCCGAAGGAUACAGGGGCGCUAAGGGCGAUUCGAAUUAUUACAACAACGAAGCCGCUUACGCUAAUCGAGAGGGAAAAUCCGCCAAUAAAGAUCACGGUUACAGCGAAAGAACCGAUUAAUU